AUGUACACAGUGAACCCUCUGCUCACGCCACCCGAAGACUGCUACUCGCCGGGUGCGCAACAGCAGCGGCAGCAGCAGCAGCAACAGGAUAUGUCAUACAUGGGUACCAACGACGUGACAUCGCCGUCGGAGGCAUACUCUAAAAUGACAUUGGCGGAAAAGGUCCGCGAAGCCAACCAGGCGUUGGUAUACACGUGGGGCAAGAUGCUCGUCGGCAUGGGUGUGAGCGAGCUGUGCGAGAACGCCGCGCUGCUACGCAAUAUCCAGCUCAUCUCGCUAGAUGACUUGCCGAAAAACUUUUGCAUUUCGCCGGUGGAUGAGUUCAUAUGUCCCAGCGACGAUGCAGCUCGGGUCAUCGUUAUUGUCUCGGAUGCCGGCAUUGUCGUCGACACGGGCAUGUAUGACAUGGACGGUUCUAUUUUCUACAGGGGCUUUGUUGUCAACAACCAGUAUCUGCCCACAUCUGCAUCCAAACGCACCUUCACACCCGACUAG